AUGAAUGAAACGCAGCCAUUCAUAAAGAACACGGAGGAGGGGCGUUUCUGGGAGCUGUCACGCGAUUGGUUCAGGCUGCGAAACGACGUCUCGCGCGGCCAAUCAGCGGCCAGAACAGAGGUCGGAUUACGAACGUCACAAGAGAGUGAAGACUUGGGUCUUGCGAUGGAUGGCUUCUAUGACCAGCAGGUGCCCUUUGUGGCCCCUGAGAGGAGAUGUGCCACUGAAGAAGACGCGCGUUUAAACAGCCGGAAAAGGAAAUACAUGGACACAGAACUGGCCCAAGACACCGAAGACCUGUUCCAAGAUCUUUUCCAGCUGCAGGAGAUCUGGAUCGCUGAAGCCCAGUCUCCGGACGACGAGCAGUUUGUUCCAGAUUUCCAACCAAACAAUGUGUGUGCGAGCGGUCCAGCGGUGCAGAGAGUGAAGCGAGAGCCCAGCCCCAGCUCACAGUCCCCCUGCCGGACCCCUCAACGGGACAUGUGCCUUUAUCCUUACAGUGCCUCCUGUGAAGCCAAACCAGCCGCUCUCAAAGGCCCGCCUCUGCUUCAGAGACAAGCUCACCCAUUGGUCACUCCGCCUGUCCGUCACUGCCCUCAGGCCCCGCCUCCUCCUCCUCACCACAGUCUCCCGCAGCAGCAGCAGUUUGUCCUGCCUCAUGCUCCAGCGCCCCCCAGUGGAGGCUACAGCACACAGCAACGUUUCCAGAGGCAGCUAUCGGAGCCCAGUCUUCAGUUCCUGCCCCCUGGCUCCUCCCCCUCGGCUCGCCCGCUCUACCAGAGGCAUCACUCGGAGCCCCUGGUUCAGGCCCCGGCUCCGCUCUUCAAACAGGAGCUGGUGGACCCCCUGUACCCUCCCUCGUCCACACAGAGCAGCUACCGACAUGUCAGCAUCAAACAGGAGCCCAGGGACCACGCCUUCGACACCGAUGUCCAAAGCUGCCAAUCUUCCUUUGAAAAGCCCCCACAUUUAUAUCACAGUAACCAGCACGGAUUCGCUCACAGAGACCCGCAGAUGUUUUACGACGACACGUGUGUGGUUCCCGACAGACUGGACGGUAAGAUGAAGUGUGAGGGUCUGCCGUACCAGCGCCGUGGCUCCCUGCAGCUCUGGCAGUUUCUCCUGACGCUGCUGGAAAACCCCAACAACUCUCACCUGAUCGUGUGGACGGGUCGCAACAUGGAGUUCAAGCUCAUCGACCCCGAGGAGGUGGCCCGUCUGUGGGGAGUUCAGAAAAACCGUCCGGCCAUGAACUACGACAAACUCAGCCGCUCUCUGCGUUACUAUUACGAGAAAGGAAUCAUGCAGAAGGUGGCUGGGGAACGAUACGUCUACAAGUUUGUGUGUAACCCGGACGCCCUGUUCUCCAUGGCCUUCACCGAGAACCCGCGGCAGAACCAGAUCAAACCCGAUCCGGACGCACAACUCCGAGUCCCGGACGCAGACGGACCGGUGCUGCCUCCUUUCGACGAGGACGGUCCCUACCUCCCAGACGUCACGGAGCAAUGCAUCAUGGAACUUCCCUACGCAGAGUCGUGCCCGUACCAGAGCCUCGCCGAGCCAUUCAACUGA